AUGGCCUUCUGGGGGUUGUAGUCCUGCGUUCUGGGGGUUGUAGUCCUCCAGCUGGUCGCUGUUGUGUAGGCAGCUUCCAGAAACAACAGCAGAUUUAACUCAGCCAUGAAAAGUACUUUUGGCCGUAAGUGAAAUGGGCUGUGUAGCUGGCUAAUGUCUGUUUUUACACGGUCAGUUUGAGUCCUUCCGUGUCAGCGGAUGUUUGCAGUUCCUCCGCUUUGCACGCGCGUGCUAUACUGCAGAAUGACUUCUCCGUAUUUCGGCGCUGAGCGCAAAGUCGCCUCAACCCUCCCCAAAGCUUCGGAAGGAGCUCCAGAGUUCGAAAAUUUACCAAAACGAAGAGAGAUCUCUGGACCGAAAUCAAUAACGGCUAAAGGACUAGCGGUAAAUGCGGUGGACGUCAAGGAGGAAACCGAGGAACGCAGGAUCUCCAAGACGGGAGGGUCUCCACGUCUUCAGCCUGCUUUAGAAAGGUCUACAGCAGAACUUAAGGAGGCUCCAAGGCACAUUCAGACCCCCUUAAGACCACCCCGCAGAAGGGGCCACGUCAAAGUGGAAUACGAGGAGCCCAAAAUAAAGAAGGAGGCCUGGGAGCCGCCUGAUUGGAGGAGGCAGCUGUCCUUCAUCAGGGAGAUGAGGAGUGGGCGGGAUGCACCUGUGGACCACAUGGGGGCAGAGAAAUGCUACGACCCAGGGGCUUCACCUGAGGUGAGGCGCUUCCAGGUGUUGGUCUCUCUGAUGUUGUCCAGUCAGACAAAAGAUCAGGUGACCGCUGCAGCCAUGCAGCGACUGCGCGCGCACGGCCUCACCGUGGAAACCGUCCUCAAAAUGGAUGAUGACACCCUGGGCCAAUUGAUCUACCCUGUGGGUUUCUGGAAGACAAAAGUAAAGUACCUAAAGCGAGCGACAGAGAUUAUCCAUGAAGAGUUUGGAGGAGACAUCCCUAGCACUGUGGAAGCUUUGGUGCGUCUGCCUGGAGUCGGCCCCAAGAUGGCCCAUCUCACAAUGGCCAUUGCCUGGAACCAGGUCUCCGGCAUAGGAGUGGACACACAUGUUCACCGUAUCUCUAACAGACUGGGAUGGACUCGCACUCAGACCAAGAACCCAGAGAACACCAGACAAGCACUAGAGGGCUGGUUACCAAAAGAAACCUGGUGUGAAAUAAACUGGCUGCUGGUUGGCUUUGGGCAGCAGGUGUGUCUACCUGUUGCUCCUUUGUGCUCUACCUGUCUGAACCAGCACACCUGUCCCUCUGCUAACGUCACCUCUCCCAGCAAAAGGCCCGAGCCUGGUUCACCUCUCUCACCCAGGGAGCCUGCCAACCUCCUGACAGACUCCGAGUUUAAACUCGAGGUCCCAAAGGUAGACGCUCUUCCCGCAAUAUCCCAUUCCCAAAGGAAGAGGACCACUACAGAAACAGAGACUCCCGACACCAAAGACAGUGACGGUACGCCACGGUCGGAUCUCAGCUCCGGGAGACGGGGGGGCAGGCAGGAAGAAACCGCGACUGAGCCGCCAGCCCUCCAGCCAAUGAGGUGCAGGGGUAAGGGGAGAGUGCCCCCUGCAGGAGCAGGUAAAGUGGUGCAGAAACAGACCUCUCUCCCCCAGCUACGAUCUAGAGCCCAUAAGCACUAAGUUUGUAUUAGCUGCCCCUUGUUUAUAUAAUCACUCUUUAGACAAACGCACUAGCAAAGUCUGAGACGUUUCAUAUGUGAUAUUUUGACAUUUGAGUCAUGCUACAAGACAGUGAAGCUCUGAUCACUAUGACCAUUCACAUUUCACACGUACAAAAUAUAAAAAUGAUCUAAUAAUCAUAAUCUGGACUGACUUUAUUGAGGAAUAUAUGUGUUGGCUGAGGUUUAUCAAAGGUUUAUCAAACUCCCUCACCCUGUUCAGAGCAGGUUUGAGAGCUGGACAUACCCUGAUUUACUGCAUGUUGGACUUAGCUGAUAUGACGGCAAAGGUCAGUCCGUAAUGUCUAAGUUUCCUCCUGCCCUGUUUCUAGCAGUAUAGCCUAAACAUGACCACCCAUAGCCCCACACCACCUGUUAACCAGCAAUGUGCUAUGUAGCCAAGUUUCAAGUUUGGUUUAUUUGUCACGUACAUAGUCAUACACGGUAUAACUCGCAGUGAAAUGGUUUGAGAGUG